AUGAGUUUCCGGGCCACGCGUUUGCCCGAGGCCGAGAAUCCAGGUCCUCGUGAUGUCAACUCUGUUGACGAUAUUGUAUGGCAGUGGGAUCGUCGUGGGCCGCCAUAUUAUGAGCUGGAGAACAUACGCCAGACGCUGUCGCUGGAAGAGCUGAGGGCGGAACUACGUAAUCGGGAUGACGCGCUGGCUCGGGCUCGUGAGGAGAGUCUGAAUGAGGAGGCUGAUGACGAUGACGAAUUAUCACUUUUGUCCGCGUGCUUUUCGGUAAAGAGGGAUCUGGCAAUGGCUGUGUUCGACCGUAGUGGCAAUAGUAUACAGAUUCAUCUGCGGGUUCACACAAAGUACCAUUGGGUCUGGGAAGAGUUUGACGGCGACUUCCGGACGAUUUCCUUUGUGAAUUUGCAGACUCGUGACAAAUUUUCAGCCCUGACGAAAUACUCUUGCAUUGGCGAGGCUGAAGACAGCCACCUUGUAUCUCUGCUAGCCGGGUUGCUGUCGGAAAGAAAUACGCUUAGCGCCUACGUGUUCGACAAGCUUGGCAAUAGCAUGCCGAUCCGCCUGUGGCGAGAUGAGAAAGUUGUUGUCUCUGUAGAAUUUGACGGGGACUUUGCGACGCUUUCUCUGAUGAGGUGGAAGAUUGACAGCGGUUCUGGGAAGUAUUAG